AUGGCGGAGUCCGACUCGCACCCCCAGCGACGAUCCUCGUCCCAAGCAUCGUCGGCAUCGAGCAGGAGCCACAAGGGUAGGAUUGUCCGUGCCAAACCCCAGAAACGUCACUCCUCUUCGUCCAACAACACCACGGAUUUGACCUCGUUUCCAUCCCUUUCGCCGCCCGAUCGCUCGUCCACUCUGACUCGUGGCAUGACAAAUGUGCUGACGACGAGCGGGGAAGGGGAGGGGCCGGGCUCGAAUGAUCUUGGUCGUGGGCAAAAAGCCACCUUGGCCAGGCUGACAACUGGAGUGUCACAUAACUCUGGCCGGGCAGCCCUUUUCGAUGAUUCGGUUCCAACGCACGAUAUCCCCGGUGCCCUGCAUUUGGCCGAUGACGCACAUAUCGAGCGACUGAUUACUACCACGGGGGCUACGAAGAUGGUGCGGCAAUUUGCGCAUGACCUGGCGCAACGAGAUUCGGAGUUUUCGGCUCUGCGACAGCGUGCCGAUGCGAGGGAACGAGAACUGAAAAGGAUGCUUCGGGAAGUGUCUGUAUCCAGCCAAGACAUUGAGCGCCGGCUGUAUCAACUUGAAAACCCACCGGAAGACCGCAACUCCGAUGCAGAGAGUAGCCACAGCGGUGAUCCAGCUGGCCAAACUUCAGGUCUGAAUGGACUGAUGUCCCAAGCUAUGACGGACGUGGUGGGGUCCCAGGAUCCUGAGACCUCGACGGAUUUCCAGGCUACGAUUCGUGCCCAGCCCAACACUGAGUCCAGCAACAAUCGCAAACGACAAAGCUCCAUACGUGGCUGGCAAGAAUACAUUUUUGGUUCGACCAAUGCAAGUCUAAAAACCAGUCGUGCCAGCAGUGUUAUAAGUGAUAUGGGGGAGAUUGAGGAGGAAGGAACCGAGCGCGUUCGAGCGCCCAGCAACCCCUCUACGCGGCGCAAGGCUCUCGAUGAGCAGUUGUUCCAGCCUCCCGGUGGUCCUACGGGGGGCGAUGGCACAGGAAAACGGCUCGUUAGCUCAUCCACAAACGGGGACGACGCAAGCGUUCAUUCCCGUAAAUCCUCCCGCUCCCUCGGCUCCUGGACCGUUAAGCUAUUCGCGGGCAGCUCUCAAGCAUCUAAAGAUGGCAGCGAUUCCGAGACCAGUCGCAACGCAACACCCUCUGAGACCCCAAAUAAGGAUAAGGAUAAGAGCGCCACAUCUAAUCUGCCCAGCGUUCCCAAGGGUGGGAUGUCUGCGGUAGCCGCCCUGAAGCGAAUCAACAACAAUACCAGUACUCCUGCACCUCCCGGACGUUCCACCAGUGGAUCCAGUGGCACAGUCAAGACCAACACUCCGAGCGCGAGGAGGAACCCGGCUGCCAGUGUUUCCCAGGGUGGAUCAUCAGAAAAUGCAGAUCGGAACACGACAAAUCUUGGACCUGUGGAGAUGGAUGCUAUUUUGCCUAUGGAGUCCAGGCCUCCAACUCUCACGCAUACCUAUAACAACUCCCAGCCGGGUGAAUUACUCACCGACCGGUUUGGAUUUAUCUACGACCAACGCCGCAAGAAGCGACAGAGGGAAGCCAAUUCCCUGAAAGGUACCAACAACCGUUUAAACAUCGCCGAGACUCUUGGCAGUCUUCGCAGCGACGCCUCCGACGCCGAAGAUUAUCAUGAAGCCUCUACGCCUGUGCAAACUCCUGGGACCCAACGCUCCCCUCCCGGCUCCCCCGAGGAUCCUGACAGCGGGGCUAUUGGACUACGUCGCUGGCAGGACUACCUACGGAUGCCAUCCCGUCCGACUGAGCUGCUGUCUCAUACGCCUUCGGCGGGGCCGAUCGUCUCUUUGACAACUGCUGGAGAUAGUCGGCCGCAGAGCUCAUCUGUCUCUGGCGAUAAAGGCGGGCCGGUGUCUAUCACUUCUAGCGCGCAACCUUCGGCGUCCACGUCCGCAAUUACCGCUGACCGCCCCGAGUUCGCGAGCGUAACAUCAGAUGAACUUGCUGCCACAGCCGCUCGGGUCACCGUCGCCGAGACGGAGCCAGUUAAAUUGCUACUGGAGCAACUCACUGAGCUCCAUGAUGUGCUGCAGCGCGAUCGCACUGUGAGAUGGAACGAAUUCCUUCGCAAGGUGCGAGCUGAGCGCCGAAAGGAAGGCGAAGCGGCGGCUGCGGCGUCCUCUGAUAGGACCUUGACCACUGUGGAUACACCCGAGGCAUCUCUGACUGACGGCGAGGUCGUUGGAAUAGCCGGCCUGGGAAAUAAAGGCAAGGUUGGCCGUGCCAAAUGGCGGGAAUUCCGGACGCUCGUCCUCGGUGGCAUCCCUGUUGCUCUCCGCGCCAAGGUCUGGUCGGAAUGUAGCGGCGCAUCUGCGAUGCGAAUUCCUGGUUAUUACGAUGACCUUGUGCGUGGCGUCGGCGGGCCAGAACCCGACGACUCGGUCAUUGCGCAAAUCGACAUGGAUAUUCGUCGCACCCUCACUGACAAUGUCUUCUUCCGCAAGGGGCCCGGUGUGGCCAAGCUCCGAGAAGUGCUCCUCGCAUACUCGCGCCGCAAUUCCGAGGUGGGCUACUGCCAGGGCAUGAAUUUGAUUGCAGCGUCUCUCCUCUUGAUCAUGCCGACUGCCGAGGAUGCAUUCUGGAUUUUGACUUCGAUGAUUGAAAUCAUUUUGCCUGAGCAUUACUAUGACCAUGGCCUGCUGGCGUCCCGCGCUGACCAGGUAGUGUUGCGACAAUACAUCUCGGAGCUUCUUCCCAAACUCUCAGCUCAUCUGGAGGACUUGGGUAUUGAGCUGGAGGCCCUUACUUUCCAAUGGUUCCUCUCUGUGUUUACCGAUUGUCUCUCUGCUGAGGCCCUGUAUCGCGUAUGGGAUGUGGUGCUGUGUCUCAAUGUCACCAGCGCAGUGACUGCCGGGUCCGGAGCAACUGCUUCUUCUGCCUCCAGUACCAAGGAUGGGAGUGACAAACCCUCUCAAACUGAGGAUCUCACCUCUGGUGGUGGAGGGGGCAGCACGUUCCUUUUUCAAGUGGCUUUGGCACUUCUCAAACUCAACGAGCAGCAGCUGCUCACGACAUGCGACACCCCGGCAGCACUUUACACGUAUAUCAACCACCAAAUGACCAACCAUGCUAUUAGCAUCGAUGGUCUGAUUCAAGCCAGCGAGGCGCUGCGCAAUGUGGUGCGCCGGGGGGAUGUUGUUUCUCGCCGAGCCGCCGCCGUGCAGAAAAUGCGCGACUUGAGCGGCAGCAGAAGCUAG